CAAGCGGAUGCUGCGGCCAGACUGGCUGACUACCUUGCUCUUUGUGUUUUAUUACGACUCCAGCCCGUGGGCCAAAUUCUUCUCCAUCCCUUCUAUUCCCCACUACUCCAUGUGAGCUGCAUCCCUAGCGGCAGGGGUGACUUGCCUAGCUUGCCUUGAGUCCAGACGACCCGAGGAUGUCCACUUCUUCUAGAGACGCCGCUCUCAUGGGUCUUCAACGCAAUCAUAGCGGCGGGAGGCCCCAUCACCAUCACUACCUGUUUCCUCUUUGUUCGCCUUGUCGGUACGACGGUACCACGCCAAACUUAGCGUAUGCCUACCAAAUCGGCGUGAACCGCACUGAUCCUACUCUAUACCAUUCGACACGCCCUCACACAAGCACACCCUUGACUCCAUGCCGCAGACGUCGUCUCAAUACCCAGAGCAGCAGCCUGAUUCUCGCUCCGGCACUACUUCCCGCCCGCCUUUCUCACUGCUUGCUGGCACCGCCCGUUGACACACCCCCUGCCGGCCCGUAUGACGCAGCCCACCACCCCAGCUGCCAUGCUAGAAAAUUGAUAAUCCUAGCACAGGAACGUGAAAUGAGGGUCAAAUGUGAUGAGGAGCCUAGCCAAGUACCCCAUGGGCGAGAUUCUGAUUUGACGGUUGUUCUAAAUUCUACGGUUAACAACCAUCAUGUCGCUACUAAAUCGCCCAUGCUUCUUUAUUGCUUGGUCCCUCCUGGCCCACACCUAGAUCCUUGGAGAGUUGAUCUUGUUCAAAGCUGCUAGACUCGAUUUAUCUUUCAAGCCAUCGAUUGCCCCAUGUUUCGUUAACCCCCUCGAACCCCUUUGGAGCCGGUACCACCAUUUCACGAUACAUAUUCAAGCUGAGCCCUUCUCAAUUCUCUUGGGAUCUACCAUCAUUACUUACACCUCAAUAAUUAUUUUAUAUUGAGCACGAUAACUACUUUGGUAUCAGCUGUCGUUUUGAUAACUUGUCUCGAUACAUCUCAACUUUCCACGUCAUAUUACUUAUUUGAUACACUUCAAGAUGAUGCACCCACUCUUCGGUGUGCAGCCAGCAGGCUCCUUGCCCAUCACAUAUCCUUACGACACAAUGCUGGACGACCACACACAACAAAUGGCAUGCUCGCAAUCUUCAAGAAGGUUCUCACGAGGGUCCAGUGGACAACGAUCUGGAGGUGCUAUGAGAGUGACCAAGCCUUCAAGCGCCAACAACAGCCCUCGCUCGUCUGGUUUCAUGGCUCGCCGCAAGACUCUUAUGAAUGACGGCAACUCGCAACGUCGACAACAGCAGAUCAUGGAACAGCUAUCAACGUUUUGUGACGUUGAGUCGAAGCAACCCGCCCCACGAUCAUCGCGUCCUGUGAGUUGGCAUCCGGGCUCAUAUGGCCAACAACCUUAUGUUCAGGCGCAACAGCCCGCGUAUGCCUUGACCACAAGCCACUUGCCUACCGACCACCAAGACUUGCACGGUAACUAUGCUCAUUAUUCUCCAAUGAUGGGUUCGACUUCAUGCGGUACAUCCCCGCUGGCAUUCUCCCAUCUGCCUCUCCCAUAUCAAUCUACCGACAACAUGACCUGCAAUCCUUACCACGGAACGAACAUGUCGCAUCACUCACCCGCUGCUUCUAUGGUCUUGCCGGGUCGUCAACUGCCUGUCAUUUCUGCACCCGCCGAGGCAACUGAUAGCAAUGGAUGGGACUGGAAUACCUUUAUCAUGCACGGCAUUGGCUCCACAACACCCCCCACCCCUGAGACCCUCCCACAAACCCAAUUGUCUCAACCUGCAGUAUCAGAGGAUCCUCACUAUCAGGCUCUUGAAGAUGCCGCGGAAGAAGACGGCGAGAUUCUGGUUGGAAUGGGGCUUUACGACACUCCGGAGAAGUACAACGAAGAUCCUCAGCUCAACAACUAUCGAUCUACUGUAUCAUCUUUACUUGGGUCAUCAUUCAGGACCCAUGAACCCCAAGGCAAGGGCCUGAAGCUCGAAGAGACAUGGGAACCUCCCAAAUCUGACGAAGAGGAUGAGGAUGACGACGAAGACGAGGACGAGGACGAUGAGCAGUGAACCCGCUGCAUCUCGAAUUUUGUAACGGCAUACAUGAAUAAUGACAUGGAUUUUUGUAUCACUAUGGUGUUCACUGGUAGGCAGGAAAAGCCAGCUUUUGCUUCUUCGGGACAUGGGGAAAUAUAGGGUGAUAAGGUCGGUGCACCUGGAUCUCAGGAUAAGGAACAUGGAUGCAAGCGUUUGGAUUUACUGCACAUAUAGAGUCUGGCUAUGGAUACCCCGUGCACAGAGCACAAAACUAGGAGAUACAAGUAAGGCUCAGGCAGCCGCCCAAUAGUUAUCCAACGAAGAAGUACACAACCAAUAUGUUGAGAGAGAAUAAAGCGACUUAACAAUGUGUCAUGUAUUAUGGCCUAACAAUAAUAACUCCACCAUAGCCUAUCAUGCGACAGCAAGAUCCAUCAUUCACCACAGCAUUGUUGGAGAUAGCUUUGGCAA